CAACGUCAGGCCUAGUGCAUACGAUUUAGAGGACAACUCACCGAACACACCCAAAUAAUAGCCAUAAAAUACAACCGCCAUGGCUUCCAGCUCGAAACAACCCAGUAUAGCAGCAAACACAUCGGUUCUGACACCGGCGAUGACCUUGGAGGGACAUAAACCAUAUAUGUUGACCCUGUCCGAGGGUGAUCGUCAAGAGUUCAAAUACAUUCCAUACAUUUCCUAUUUUCCCGACGGCAAGCAAAUGAUCAGCGGAUCAUACGAUAAGACGAUUCGACGAUGGGACCUGCGGGAGGGUAAGGAGAUCAAGGAAGCUCGGGAAGUUUACAAGGAUCGUGUACAUGGAGUGAGGGUGUCAAGGGAUGGUCGAUGGGUUGUCACUGUAGUUGAUGAGGUGCUCAAAGUGUGUGAGGUCGAGACGGGAAUCAUGAGAACAUUUCAUGAUGACCUCAUGACCUUAAAAUGCAUUGAAAUCUCGGCGGACAGCACGUUGCUAGCGGGUGAGUCAUACGAUGGGAUACAGAUAUGGAGCUUGGACACAGGCAAACUCGUGGCUGGUCCAUUCAGAUCUACUGGUGUAGUCGUGGACGCACUUGGGCUCUCUCAAGACUCUCGGAAGCUGGCGGUGACAUCAUGCAACUUCGAUCAAUGGGAGUCCAAGUUUAAGCAAUACCUUGAGGUGUGGGACGUCCAAUCACAGAAAUUGGUUGUCACCAGAGAAGGAUCUAACACUAGAGGCUGGAUCAAUUUACCGGUGUUUUGGACAACAAAAGGCAAAUCUAUCACGGCCGUAUUCGCAUCCGAGUCGGAUGACAUCGAUACAAUUCAUGAGUUUGACGCGUCGACGCUCAAGACUGUCGGAGAUUCCUUCCAAGGGCACACCGAUCACAUCUGGAGUCUAGCACUCUCAUUUGAUUGUCUUCUUCUCGCCAGUGCUUCCUCUGACACCAUCAAGCUCUGGUCCUUCGAGUCGCGCCAACUCCUCGCCUCGUUCAACGUCCAAGCCCUUCAUUCCCUUAUACUCUCACCUGACUCACACCAACUGGCUUAUACGACCUUGAAUGAGGCCAGAAUCUACGUAUGCGAUAUUCCAGCCAAUAUUCUUGCUAGUAUCGGUCUUGCAAAAGAGACAAGCGCUCACCUCGCUAAACUGCUUGACGUAUGUGGUCCUGCUCUUUUACUCAUAUAAUCACACCAUUCUCUAUCGCAGUCUGACGCAACACGUCAUCCCAUGCGUCGUAAACAAGCAAUAUCAGUCAUACCUUCCGUUCCUCGCCCGCUAGCAGUUACAAUUGAACCCCGGCAACCCGUUUUCUU